UGGACGAGAUUCUCGCGGAUAACCUCGUAGAGAAGGAUCCCUGAUCUCGAGGGAGCCGAAUCCUCGAGUCGAAGCAUCGGGUGGCAUCUUCCCGAUUCCCGUGGUUUACGACGUUUUUGUCAUUUUCGCGAUUUUUCUUAUCGGCCCGGCCCCGUUCGUCUUGUGGGCGAGUGACGUUAUCGACGGGACAGGGAAGAGAACGCACGUCGAGUCCACUCGCGCGCGUUCGCUCGACCGUGCGUCCCGCAGGUGCGUCAGGUGCGGAGGGUUCUGCAGGUACCGCGGGUACCGCAGGUGCGUGGACCGUGAGUGACGUGUUUCGGGGCAGACCCCGGUGAUAUACAGGACUUCUCCGGCCAGGAAACCCGGACUCUGAGUGCAGCGAAGGACCGAGACCCGCAUCAUGAAGCUGACCGUUCUCUUCGCCCUCUGCCUGGCUCCUUUUGUGGCUGGGAACCUCACGCAAUACUUCAGAGUGAAGCCGGCCAACAGUUCCGUUCUGGAAGGCGGAGAAGUAACAUUGCGUUGCGAAAUCGACAACAGAGCUGGUGAUGUGCAGUGGGUCAAAGAUGGCUUCGCCUAUGUCAUCGAGCCAAACGGUAGCAUUGUCGGGUAUCCCCGUUUGCGGCUUGUCGGCAACAAAUCGCAAAAUAUUUACAACUUGAAGAUUACUAACGCCUCGCUCACCGACGACGGGGAAUAUCAGUGUCAAGUACGACAAUACCUGAGUAAUCCAGCAAUCCGGGCCAAUGCACGACUCACUGUCAUAUCUCGGCCGCUCAGCGUCGAGAUCUCGAACUACCCGGACAAGAAGAAGGUCGAGGUGAAAGCGGGCACCAACCACAGCCUCGAGUGCAUCGUCAGGUUUGCCACACCGGCGGCUUCCAUCAUCUGGUACCGCGACCACGACCCCAUCAAAGCCGGCGUUGUGUCCGUAGUGCCGAUCCCGAUCGAGGAUGACAAGGAGAAAAUCGGCCAGGCUAACAGGAAAUUGCUGAAGUACGACACGUACAGCAACAUCACCAUUACACCAACCGCUCAGGACGACAAGGCUAAUUACAUUUGCGAAGCUGUACAUCCGGCCAUUCCCGUGGACAAGCCAAUGCGAACUACGGUCCGACUUUCCGUUCUCUAUCCGCCGAGUCAGCCGCAGAUAGAGGGUUACAACGAGGGUGAAACCGUUCGACGAGGGCAGACCGUGGACCUGGUUUGUCUGUCUCGUGGUGGGAAUCCAUCUGCUCAGGUGGUCUGGUGGAAGAACAACGAGCAGAUAAAGUCAACCUACUUCACGGAAGGGAAAACCUCGAAGAACAUUCUUUCCUUCCAAGCCAAAGCCGAGGACAACAAAGCGCGAUACACCUGCGAAGCUUCGAACGUCAUGAGCACCACGCCCAUGUCCGUCUACGUCGACCUCACAGUUCUUUUUGCUCCGGAAGGGGUGACGAUUUCUGGCCCCACGGAGGCUAGAGCCAACGAACAGGUGCAACUGACUUGCACGACGAAAAACUCAAACCCUGUGGCCACCAUUCGGUGGGUCAUCGAUGAUCGCACGGUGGAAAACAGCACUUCCAGGGAAAUGCCCGCUCCCGAAGGUGGAUGGAUCACCAGCUCUUCUGUAAACGUCACCAUCAGCAAAGAAGCUCGUUCAGUCGUGGUCCUGUGUCAUGCCUUUAACGUGCAGCUGCAGGAGAACGUAGUGGGAACACAUACCAUCAGUGUUAUAUAUCCUCCGUCGAGCUUAAUGAUCACAGGAUACGAUGGAAGUUCAUCGUUCAACGCCGGUUCCAUCGCUAGAUUAUCGUGUACCGCAACUGCUGGGAAUCCACAACCAGCGAUAACGUGGUACAAAAACAACGUAAAGAUGCCUGGAACAAUCAGGAACCAAGAUCACAUGGUGUCCAGCGAUCUGGAAUUCAUGGUCAACGCCUCGGACAAUAAGGCCGAAAUCCGAUGUGAAGCUUCAAACUCCGCCACGGUGGUGCCUAUGGUACAAGUCGUUGUCCUAAACGUGAAUUUUUCUCCGGACAAAGUAACCAUCACUCGGUACCCGGAAGAAUUCCGUGCUGGACAAAUGGGUCGCUUACUUUGCGAGUCAAGUAGCAGCAACCCACCUGCCGUGAUGUCGUUAUGGAAGUCUGGUCACCUGGUCAUGUCGUCUGGUAACUCAGUACCAGCGCUGCAGAAUACCACCAAAUCGGGCCUCCACAAUGGAUAUGUAUCGUCGGUGGAGUUGACUUUACAACUUACCGAAAAUAUGAACAACGACGUGUACACGUGCGAGGCGAAAAAUCCCAGGACGCAGAGAGCGGUGCUGGAUGGUGUGACGCUGAACAUCCUAUACAAGCCGAUAUUUACUCCGCUGGAUCCAAACGAGUUGAUAGGAAUGGAGGGUGAGCCCUUUGUCAUUUCCGUCCAAGCCACUGCCAAUCCAACCCCGAUAACUUAUUCCUGGACAAAGGAUGGACUACCAUUGAGCAGCGCCGCAAAGAGAAUUUCAGCACGUGAUUCCACUUUGAACAUCACCAGGCUGGAACGCCACGAUUCCGGAACGUACACUUGUGAAGGCAUCAACAAAGAGGGCACAACGUUUUAUCAGCUUAAUUUAACCGUGCAAUAUCCAGCCAGUAUUGUUCGGGCUUCUACGUCUGGUACGGUCUUUUUGCCUUCUUCUCAUGCAAAAUUAUUUUGCGAAGUGGACGGCAGUCCUAUGGGUGAUGAAUACAUAACAUGGUACAGAGUUGGCUCAAAUUCGGAGCUCUCUGGCAGGUACAUGACGUCUUUUUCAAAUAAGACGUCGUACCUUCACAUCAAAUAUCCCAGUCGAGAAGACAUAGGAGAGUAUCAGUGCAACGUCAACAAUGGGAUCGGCAACGUCACUUCAGGCCCUAUAUUAUUUAUAACACAUUACAAGCCGGAAAUGGCGAACGUAGCUUUGACGAAAAAGGCAGCUGCUAAUCGAGGAGCAAACGUGCAAUUACAUUGCAAAGCUCAGGGAUCGCCGCUACCACGGUUCACUUGGUUGUUCGAAGGAAGAAUUAUUUCGCCGAACACGAGUGCUCAUAAAUACGACAUUGUCCAAAACGAGAUAACGAAGCUGUUUUCUGAGACGACGUUGACGAUCAAUAAAGUGACGUCAAAUGAUUAUGGGAAAUACGUCUGCAAGGCGGAAAACACCAUGGGACAUGCGGAAGAUGAAGUCCAACUAGAUGUUACUUCCCCGCCGGAUAAACCAACCGAUUUGGAGGUUUACAAUGUGACGCACGAUUCCGUCACCCUCGUUUGGAAGAGAGGAUUCGAUGGGGGAUUACCAACCUCUCACCAGAUUCGAUGGAGGCCAGCACUGGAUUACGAAAACCGAUAUCAUUACAUGGACGUUUCACCGGGAGAUUUCAAAGCAGUAGUUACAGGACUGCUCCUGGGGACAUACUACGUCUUCAGUAUCAAAGCCAUAAAUGCGAAAGGAGAAAGCUCCUUUCUUCCGGAUUUAGUGAAAGUGCAAACCCUGCGACCAAAUAACGCGGAAAAUCUGCCGGAUGUUCUUCUGGAGAAGGGGGACUUUCCGAUGAAUUAUAUCUAUACCGUUGCCGCAACUUCGGUCGUCUUUUUUAUUGUUAAUCUCUUCAUCAUGCUGUGGUACAUUAUACGAAAGCGUAACAAAGACCGGAUAAAUAAGUCGCAGACCACGGACAUGUAUGGAACGUCCACCGUCACCGGGGAUACAAUGACUGGUGAAUUAAGCUCGGUUUCCGACGAGAAGAACAACGUUAGCUUCGAAGCGAACGAUUACGUGAGCGAAGGAAGGAACCCUGCAGCUAGCACCUAUUUAAUAGACCAGGGCAUAGAUUUUGGGAAGAACAGCCUGGAGAUGCAGGUACAUCUCCACGGGACUCUCAGUCGGUGCAACAACCAUGUUCCCAGUCCUUUGAGCAUGGACUCACCACCGCAACGAACAACAGCCAGUGGGACUCUCUCGGCUUCGAAGUCGAGUUACAUAGGGAAUCCAAGUCCGGCACCGCCAACCGACGUAAGCUUCUACAGUGUCGAGAUGGACAGCGUGCGCUACUCGGGAUAUGAAGGGAACCCCAGCCCGGGUCCGGUGAUGGGCGACCCGGGCCCAGGGGCUUACUACCCUUCGCUGGGACACGCGGGCCACCCGGGACACCAUGGUUCCCAUGGGACCCCAUCCACGGGGACCCUGACGAGGAACAGGACGCUGCCUCGGCCUGUGCCCCCGCCGGAUGUGACCGUCAUGACUGCAGGAGCCAAAUCGCCGGUCCCGCCAACGGUCCCGCCACCUCCGGCCACCUUUGCACGUGCGGUGCCUACUCCAGGACACGCGCAUGGCCACCCCCUCUCGACUUUCAGUCCGACCCCCACGUAUUCCGACAUCGACGGACAUCUCGUCUGAGGAUCGCCGAUCAUCUGUUGGGUACCUAGCACUACCAGCCCUAAAGAUCAUCGUCCCGAGCCGAGCCGAGCUCCUCGCCAGCCCGAGUACACCACUCGCCUCUGAAGACGCUCGAAUGACGGUAUCUUCGCCUCGAGGAACUCCUUUCUAUUUUCCCUCCUGGUGGAGCACGUGAAGGAUAAUUAGCUGGGUUUAGGGAGAUGCGUCGAGACAAACUUUUUAUAUGGGGGACUUUUUACGAGAUCUCGGGAUGCGGAGGUUCCUUGAAGAGGAUGACGUCGAAGCGGGACAAACUUGGAGGAUCGUAGAACCGUGGUUGGGAAUCGAUGGGUCGUCUGGAAAAUCAAAUUAUCUCGUGGGUAUGGUUCGCGACGGUGCGUGAUUUUUGGUCGAGAACGGUAUCCUACAGGAUGGAAAAUGAAGGAGAUGAGCGAGGUGAUGAUGUUAACCGGGUCGUCCUUCGUGGGCUAGGUAAUCGAGGUAAUGUCGGGAUGAUGUCUAGUGACUUCCAUCUCGAUGCAGGUUGCUUUUGUCCUCGAUGCAGGGAAUGCACGUGGGUGUCGCGCUGAUGUGCAGUCUAGUGCGAUUUGCCCGUUGCGGUGAAUGCCUUAGCAGUUUUACGUACGGUGAUCAUAGUAUACAGUGCCGCUCCGAGAGUCAAUACUACGAUAAAAGAUAGUUUAGCAGGGUCGCACAUGGUCCUCUCGUCCAUUUCUCUUCGAGUUCUCCGAGACGCGACUGGAGGCGGGAUCCAAGCAGUCAUUGCGAACAGACGUUGAACGAAACAGCUAACUUUAUGCAUCCAAGCUGCUUGAUACCCCCACUGCAACAAUUACAGAAAUUGGUCCACGAGUAUCGCGUUGUUACCUCAAAACUUCCUCCAAUUAACAAAUGUAUUUUCGCAAGGGUUACCGUGCUUUCCCGUUCUUCGUUGCCAAAAUAACCAUGCACAAGUUGAUACAAUGUUUCCGAUCAGAUCAGAUUACAGUGGCGUACAAACUAGUUAACGGUCGAAAAGUGGAUUGCCCAUCGAACGUCAAUUUGAAAGCGAUUAGUUGAGGAACUCCGUUAAGUGCACAUCUCAGAUCGCAAUUGAUCAAACAGCUUGGAUCAUACGUUAAAAGGACACACGACGGCUCGAUCCCAUCUCUACUCGACUGUUUUCUAGCUCUUUUUCCUUCCCUCCUCGCGCACGUUACGACCCUCCGCACUGCCGAUCGACGACGAUCCGUCUGAUAGAUCCUUCGAAGAAGAAGAUACCGCUGAGCUCGAUCGACGCCGAUCUUAGAGCGAACUUCGCGUCCAAAACUUGAGAAAUCGUCGAUCAGUGAACCAUUUCCUGUCGAAGCUCAGCCUCGACAAGGGCUCGACUUUUAAGGACGAUCUCGCGCUCGACAAGGACCCGCGAAGACAUGGGAGCGGGCGCUUAACAUAAUCGGUGAACUCCGCUAGAUACGAUCGGAUAGACGUAAAAGUGAGUGUCUUGGUGUAGUGAUAUCUUAAAAAGACAAUAGGACGUAAGUUUAGCGGUAACAGUUAAGGUUUAUCAUUUAAGACAACUGCCCGUCUUUUCAACGGCUUGGCCGACGUAGAAGGUGCGCCCUUGCGUAAAAGGCUCCUCCGGGACGUCUGGCGACCGGUCUCGACUAAAUGUUUAUACAUAUUUUUGCAUUUAUUUCCAUUAGACCUUAUUAGUUGUGUAAAUAGUGCGCGUACGCCUCGGCAAGUCUCUUACACUCCGGAAGUAACGAAAACGGAUCAUAUGAGGGUCUCACUAUGUCUAGGGUAUAUAACGAGGUAUGGUCUACGACACUCGACGCUAAGGCUGUAUAUGUAUAUCUGAGAAAUUAUUCGUGUUACGUCGCGGUUCGGACGACGCGUUUCCGUUGGUCGAAAGCCUGAGUAGUCGACGAGUAUAUUUUUCGACGAGUUAAGCUUCAUACGUUUGGCCUAUGUAGGAAUACUUUACAAGCAUGUAACACACGUCGAGCCGUUGGCCGCGAGUUGUCCUCCCGAAUCAUUUGCAUCGGCUGUACAUAAAUCGAUCGCGACACGGUACCGAAGGGAGUGGGUUCAACAUGUACAUACGCGACCCGUGGGAACAUUAUUACCCGCGGGGCACAUACUCGUCUCCUCUUGUACAGUUUUGAAUCGCCUAGAUGAACCUCGUUUAAGCUCGACGCCAUGGAACUCUUAAGUUUGGACCGGACCCUGAAGCGGUCCGGUCGAAUUUCGGCUGCGGUCUCUCGGUACAUGUCGACUCUGGAAGAUCAUACCUUUUAGCCGUGAUUAUGCCGGUAGAAAUUACGUAGAUGGGACGCGAUGUUACGAGGAUGAGUGGAAGGGAAGGGGGCACCGUUUCCGUCAAUUCUUUCGAGCAAUGCACGCGUUUCCCUCGGUCGCUCCGAAAAAUGUUGAGAGGUGUCACAAGCUCGAGGAAAGAGACACGUAAUUGGCUUCUUGUGUGUUCCAUGCUUAAGUAUCGUUUGAAAGUUCUAUGACUAAAGUUUACUUAUAGCAUACGCUAUUGUUAUUUCAUUAUUACCGAUGAUUCGUUACAGUAGUGUACAAGCUUAAAACGUGUAUUGUUAAACCGCUGUUGUAUGUGGAGCCGUGAAGACCGGCUUAGACUGAUGAUAAAAAAUUCACGUAUGCUCAAUUAGAGACAUGUUCGCGCAUAAUUAAGAGUUCUAUUUACAUAUACAUGUUUUAUAUUUGUAAUUAACAAAUCAUCUAUAACUUAAUAUUACCUGAAGAUUCUUAGAUUAUGUAAUCUCCAAAGUAUUUGCUCAUCAAAGUGCUAGACUUGUUACACGGACCGGUAUUCGUCCAAAAUGGUACCUUGGAGAUGAACAUACCAUCUAACAGCACGAUAUUUCAUAUUUUACAUAAUUCAUAAUUCCGUUAAUUAUUCUAAGGCAUAGUCAAUCCUAAUUAUACAAUCAUUAAAGUACGAGGGAUAAAUUAAUCGUUUUACGUGUACAUAGUGUAAAUACCAUCUAGAUAGAUAUGAAAAUUGAUAUAUAACGAAUUAUAUCACGCUACGAAAGAAUUAAAAGGAAAAAAAGAUGGUCGAGAGCUCUUGUGAGAUUUUUGCUUUCACGGACGUUUCUUUGGUUGGGCGCGUACUCUUUCUUUCCUUCUCAAACUAAGCGGUGGUAAAGUAAAAUUCAAAAACACUCCUAAGUGCGAAACACUUAUAAUCCGGACUGUCUAACAGCAAUGCCGGAUGAUAACGUUCUGAAAAGUAUUUUUACUCCUGAAAGAGUGGCAUUUUAAAUACCACGAGUAUUACGAAACAAUUAACGGAGUACUUAAUUUUACCCGAGACGAAAAAUUCAGCAGAAAUUGUCCAGUUACAUCCCAAAUCACACAGACUGAUGAACUUUGCGUGUUUACUUGAAAACAGUCCAAUCAUUAUUAAAAAAAAAAAAAGAACCGUGUUCAAUUGUAGAGGGUGAACAAUGAAAAUAAAGCACGACUUGGAUCAUUGAAAUCCUGUCCGACUCGCACGUUAUCUCGAGAAAAAAUAAAACUGAUUCGUUCACUUCCGUUUGCAGUCACCUCUAAGGUCUGAUUUUAUAAAAAAAUCUUUUUAUACAUACUUUACAAACACAUUACAGGACUGAACGACGUCCAAUAACGAUUAUCUACUUUUUGGAUUCCUGAUGUACCUAAACGUAUACACAUGUAGCUAAGGAUUCACCAAUUUGUGCUUUUUGGGAUCACGAUGUUCGCUUCCAUUUAUGUGCCAAUGAUUCGACACCUUUCGCCAGAUUUAACCACAGUAAUCAUAAGACAUACCGUACUUCAUCAGCCUAUUUUCUCGAUCCCUGAAUUCGAACCAUCGCUUGCGACUCAAAUAAAUGGGGACUCGGGUUAACAAUGCGUAAUCACUGUUUUCGAGUAAAAAGUAUCACGAGGACACCUUGAAAAGGCUCACCGACGAAACCAGUGUACUGUAAUUGAAUAUCCAUCGUUAUAGCGAUUAUUGUACAUAUAUAUAGUAUUUUUACAUUCUAACUCUAAAUUCCAUUUCCGAUUCUAAAUGGUACAUAAUUACGUGUGCUUCGCCUGUCGUCUUUGCAGAACGCAAACGGACACGAGGUGACGUACGACACGGACUCUUGUAAAGACGUUCUCCACCUUUAGGUUCCUUUUUCAUUUUUAUAUUACCGUUCUCCUUUGUUCCUCCACUCUGUACAGUAUUAAUCAGAAGCGGGAGUAUUCUCAGCCAUUCCCGAUACUCAGCAAUGUAUUUACAUCGUUUUUAACGGCAAUAUACAGAUAGACCAUUUCUGAUUACGUGAUGCGUCCUUGAACACUCCUUUUGUGAUCCGCACCGAUUAGCGCCAUUUUGUAAUUCAGCUACUUCAUCGGUCUCGUUGAACUCGCCUGCAAAGAGCGAGAAUUUCAUGAAACAUUGCCUGAAGGGGCUCGACAAAGACGUCGGCUCUACGGGAUAUUUUCAUGUAUGAAGUCUUAACGUUGUUUAGGCACCUUUUAAUUUCUAUUAGUUAAUUAGUAAUUGCGGUUUGUUGGGUUCUUCGCCAUAUACGUUGUUAACCGUGUGCUUCCGCGGGGAUUUACCUGUUACGGAGACCAGCUGACAUUAGGGUGCAAGCGAAAGUCUUAAAUUCGGAUCAGAGGACUCGCUUGAUGAGCACGUGGACGAUCGACGGCAAGCUUAACGAUUCGCGUAUGCACAGGGACAGAGUGAAGCUCCACACGCGCUAGUCCUUAAUUUAAAACCAAAGUAAAAUGAAAAUUACGUAGGACUUAAGACUCUCCACUGCGUAUACACACUUGCGUGUCUAUACUGGUAUAAUGAUAUUAAUGAUUCAAUCAUUGUAAUUAGGUAAACGAACUAACCGUUAAGCUGAUAGGUAAAAGUAAGCCACUCAUUAUGCGUAUCGGUUAAUUUUCGACUACGUUUCUCUCGUGGUGCAGCCAACACGCCGCACGCAUUUGCGACCUUUUGUCGACUAGCGAUAUGAAUUCUGUAUCUGUAUAUUGUUUUUCUAUUGCAUUUAUUAAAACUGAUUGUAACUUA